CCUUCUUCUCCUUCCGAGACAGGAAAUGUGUCCUUCUGCUUGCACACCGGAUAAAGUCCUGCUCGCGGAAAACAGGACGCGAAACCUGUGAACACUAAAGCGACUAAAGUAAAAAUUUGACUGCGAUAAGAAGAAAAGAAACAAGGUGAGAGAGCUUUGAAGAUGUCUGUGAGUAGCCACGAAAAUCGCAAGUCCAGAUCGAGCUCCGGCUCCAUGAACAUCCAUCUUUUCCACAAAACGUCGCAUGCCGACAGCCUGCUUACUCAGUUGAACCUUCUGCGCAAACGCUGCGUCUUCACAGAUGUUGUGCUCCGGGCUGGAAAUCGAGCUUUCCCAUGUCAUCGGGCCGUCCUGGCCUCCUGCAGCCGCUACUUUGAAGCCAUGUUUAACGGUGGACUCAAGGAGUCCCGAGACACAGAAGUCAAUUUCCAUGACUCUUUACACCCGGAGGUCCUGGAGCUUCUGUUGGACUAUGCAUACUCCGCCCGCAUCAUCAUCAAUGAGGAGAACGCGGAGUCGUUGCUUGAGGCCGGAGACAUGCUGCAGUUCCACGACAUCCGAGAUGCCUCGGCAGAAUUCCUGGAGAAGAACCUGCACCCGUUGAACUGCCUCGGGAUGAUGCUCCUCUCUGAUGCGCAUCAAUGUCAAAGGCUUUACGAGCUCUCUUGGCGGAUGUGCUUGGCGAAUUUUGCCACCCUUUACCGGACCGAGGACUUCCUGAACCUCCCGAAAUACCAAGUUCAGGAGCUGAUCUUCAGCGAGGAGCUGGAGGUGGAGGAUGAGAGCGUAGUAUAUGAGGCAGUUAUAGACUGGGUGAAAGCUGAUAUUGGAAGAAGACUCUCCGACUUGCCUGAGCUAUUGCGCUGUGUCCGUUUAGCACUUCUUCCAGAGACCUACCUGCUCAAAAACGUCGUCUCUGAAGAGCUCAUCAUGAGAGAUAAAGUGUGUCGAGAGAUUGUUGAAGAUGCUGUACGAUGCAAGAUGAAGAUCCUCCAGAAUGACGGUGUGGUCACUGGUUUCUGCGCUCGACCCAGGAAAGUCAGCCAAGCUCUGCUGCUCCUGGGAGGUCAGACUUUUAUGUGUGAUAAAGUGUACAUGAUAGACCACAAAACAAAAGAGAUCAUGCUCAAAACGGACCUUCCAAGUCCUCGAAAAGAGUGCAGUGCCUGCGCUAUUGGCUGUAAAGUUUAUGUUACAGGAGGCAGAGGCUCUGAAAAUGGUGCCUCGAAAGAUGUCUGGGUCUAUGAUACCUUACAUGACGAGUGGUCCAAGGCUGCACAGAUGUUUGUAGCCAGAUUUGGACAUGGCUCAGCUGAAUUGGACCAUGUCCUGUAUGUCGUAGGAGGCCACACUUCUCUGUCAGGCUCAUUUCCUGCCUCUCCGUCAGUCUCACUCAAACAGGUGGAACAGUAUAACCCGCAGUCUAACAAAUGGACUCUAGUUGCACCUCUUCGGGAAGGUGUGAGCAAUGCUGCAGUUGUAGGAGCCAAAAACAAGCUAUUUGCUUUUGGUGGAACCAGCGUCAACAGGGACAAAUACCCCAAGGUGCAAUGUUUUGACCCCUAUGAGAACAGGUGGACGGUGCCGGCCACUUGCCCUCAGCUUUGGCGUUACACAGCAGCAGCAGCUGUCGGCAAUCAAAUCGUGGUCAUUGGCGGAGAUACAGAGUUCUCUGCAGGCUCGGCAUAUCGGUUCAACAGCGAAACGUACCAGUGGACUAAAUUCGUUGACGUCACGGCAAAAAGGAUCAGCUGCCAUGCCGUCGCCUCGGGUAACCGACUCUACGUGGUGGGAGGGUAUUGCGGUGCUCAAAGGUGUAAAACACUGGACUGUUACGACCCCUCGACUGACUCUUGGGACAGCGUGACUAGCGUCCCCUAUUCCCUCAUUCCCACUGCAUUUGUUAGCACAUGGAGAUACCUGCCAUCCUGAACAUGACGAAAAGUUUGAUGUCCAGUGUCGUGAGGAAUGCAGGGGAAUGUGUCCUCUCGUUGGCUCAGGAAUGCAAGGGGGUGGGGGGGAAAGUAAACGGAGAAAAAGAAAGAAGGAAUGAAAGGAAGAAAGACAGACAGAAGCCUGCUGAGGAAUAAAAGAAAGGUACAAGAAAGGAGCACUUGGCAAUUUGGAAAGGAAAAAAUAGAGAGUUUGGCAUGUAAAUGAUAAAUCAAGAGUGUGGACUUUUUCCUCAACUCUAAAUUAAAUUUGAAAGACUGGAAACUCUGCACACACAUCAAACACACUUUAGAGACAACUAAACCCUACCCGUUCAUCCCCUCUUUUUUUCACCUCCUUUGAUUUUCAAGGAGGGUUUUUGUUUUCACUCUGCGAAUUUGACGCUAAAAUGAAAUAGGGAAACACUGUUAGAUGUUGGUUUAACCUCGAGGGUUGGGGAUUUAGCCUGAAACAACACAGAGGUCUUCUCAGGAUGAGGAAGUUGUGGCUCAGCUCCGUGUUUAAAACCCAAAUCGCUAUCAGCUGGAUGAGGAAAUGAGUGAUGUAUUAAAACUGUCACACCCUA